GAAGAAACCUCUUUCACUGAGAAACCAUUCAAACCAAACCCAGAGGAAAAAUCAAUCUUCCCAGAGAAAACCUCCGUAUCAACGGCAAUCGCAGUAAGAAAGAAACAAAUCACCUUCUCGCCAGAGAUUCGAUUCCUUAGGUUAACUUUCCCAUCAUAAAAUCGAUCAACAGAAGGAUCAUCGAAAAUGUCAGGGCUCCUGGAAGGAAUCCCCGACGCAGUCGCACUCCGCUGCCUCGCACACGUCCCUUUACACCACCACCCAAACCUAGAACUCGUCUCCCGCUCCUGGAGAUCCGCCAUACGCAGCCGCGAGCUCUUCCGCGUCCGCAACGAACAGCACUCAUCAGAGCCCCUCCUCUGCGUCUCCUCCUUCGACCCCGAGAACACGUGGCAAGUCUACACCCCAAACUCCAACCGCUGGCUCACCCUCCCUCUCCUCCCUUCCCCUAUCCGCCACCUCGCUCACUUCGGCGCCGUCACCGCCGCAGGGAAACUCUUCGUCCUAGGCGGAGGCAGCGACGCCGUCGAUCCGUUGACCGGGGACCACGACGGCACGUUCGCCACCGACGAGGUCUGGUGUUACGAUUUCGUGGAGAGGCGUUGGACGCAGAGAGCGUCGAUGCUCGUUGCGCGGUCGAUGUUCGCUUGUUGCGUUCUUGAUGGGAUGAUUCUUGUUGCGGGUGGGUUCACCACUUGUCGGAAGUCCAUAUCGAAAGCUGAGAUGUAUGAUGUUGAAAAUGAUGUGUGGAGUUCGAUUCCUGAUCUGCAUAGGACGCAUAACUCGGCGUGUUCAGGUUUAGUUGUGAGAGGGAAGGUUCAUGUGUUGCAUAAAGGUUUAUCGUCUGUGCAGGUUCUUGAGAGUGUUAAGUUGGGAUGGACUGUGAAGGAGUAUGGUUGGCCUCAGGGUCCGAUGACUGUUGUUGAGGAUGUUGCUUAUGUUAUGAGUCAUGGAGUUGUGUAUAAGCAGGAGGAGGAUGACACGUGGAAGAUGGUUGCUUCGGCGUCUGAGUUUAAGCCGAGGAUUGGAAUGGCGAUGACGAGUUUGAGUGGUGAGGUUUUGCUUGUGGGAGGUGUGAUUGGACCUGAUAGGGAUAAUUGGGAUAUUAAGCCGUUGUCGGAUGUGGAUGUUUUGUCUGUUGGGAGUGAUCGUCCGGUGUGGAGGAAGGUGGCUCCGAUGACUAAGUGUCGUGGAACGGUUCUUGGUUGUACGCAGUUGACAAUCUGAUGGGUUAUGUGAUGUUUAAGACAAGACUACGUUUUUUUAUGUUUUUUCUUUGUUUUGUAUGUCCCUUUUCUUUUUGGGUCAGAGUAUGUCUUUUGUUUCUCUUCCUCUUUGUUAUAAUGUUUUGAUUAUUGUUUCAAAGUCUCUUUGAGGUAAAGCUAGGUUUUAAGAAGAUACCGUCAAAACGUAUGCUUUUUGGUUUAGUGUUAGGGUAUAAACUGUCACCUAUGAGUCUAUGACCAUGCUACUAUCUUCAUUGUGUUAUCAUCAAAGUUUAAGUCAGAAUUUUGAGUUUGAGCC